CUAGGGGCGGGCCCCCGGAGGAGCAGGGAGCAAAGCCGCUGGGAAGGAGCAGACACGCAGAGGCGAUGGCAGGAACUAGUCUCUGGGCCCGCUUUUACCGGCAGAUCAGGAGACAUCCCGCUCUCAUCCCUAUGAUCGGCUUCAUCAGCCUGGGCAUGGGCAGCGCGGCGCUCUACUUGCUGCGACUCGCCCUGCGCAGCCCCGACGUCUGUUGGGACCGAAAAAACCCAGAGCCCUGGAACCGCCUGAGCCCCAAUGACCAAUACAAGUUCCUUGCAGUUUCCACGGACUAUAAGAAGCUGAAGAAGGAUCGGCCAGACUUCUAAGCCUGGCUGGGGUGCCCCUUCCAUGUAAGCCACCCGUCAGCCAACCUACUCAUUUCUUCCACUCUCUACCCCCAGCCCGUAGGGCGCCACUCUAGCCACCCUGUCCAGCUCCUGCUUACACAGGCCCGGUUCCCACGAGGGGGGAGGAGCUCCACCCCCACCCUUUUCCCUUGCUCCCAGCAGGAAGUGCCUAUGACCCUCAGCUUGAGUCCCACGCAGGGGGAGGAAGUGUUAGGCAGGCAGCAGCCCUGCUGACCCAAAAGUCCAAGCCAGAGCUCCCUGCCCACCCACCCCCAGGCCUUGCAGGGUGUGGCACAGGCUACGUGUAGAGCAUGGGCUACGUGAGCUAAGAGCAAGCAGGCCUCUGAGUGCCAAGUGACGUGGUGGAUCCCACAUUGGCCCAGGCUCCAGUCCAGCCCAGGGGCGGCGCUGCUCUGGCUCAAUUGGGCUCUUUGUCGACUGCCCAGCCUGCCCUGGAAGAGGCACCCGAUACCGAGUGAGGGGGUGCAGGCCACUGCCUCCUGCUCCAACAGGCACCCCCACCCCCACAACUCACACCUGGGCCCCCCCUUGCCCUUCUCACCCCUCCCUUGCUCCCCUGUAUUACACCCCCUUACCCCCCUGGGAUCAAACAGAAGCAGCCUUGGGCAAAAUACAAUUUCAUUUAACAAAUUGAA